AUGUCCCACAUGCUGAAUAGAGAUGAGUCUCGAUUGGUGAUUUCCUUGAGGAGAACACCUGUCUGCCAUCGAAGGCUCUCAGCCCGACGUCGGGGCCUCUCUUUCCAGAACUCCCUGGAGGUAAUCCAGCAGGAGACGCUGGAGGAGUCCGCACAAUCUCUGUCUUUGGAUAAAGAACUGGUGCACCAAGCCACUGACCGUGGCCAGCGCCAGACUGGGUAUGGAAAUGAGUCGGCCGUCUGCUUUACGGAGCUGCAAGUGAUGAGGACCUCCCAGCCAGCCACCUGGGACAUGCUGGUGAGCUCCCUGGUGCCAGUUCUUUCGGCACAAACCAUCUGCUCCAUGACCUCCCAGGGCUCCUACCACGACAUCAACACCAUGGCAUGCUUCCUAGAGAAACUGGUCAGGAGAAGCACCUCUUCCAUCUACGUCUCCUGGCCAGAUGGAUGCCCUGUGGUCUGCGACCAGUAUGUGAGCAGUCCAAGGCUCAGGUUUGAGGUGGCUGACAUACAGGUCACCGUGUCCACAUCAUACCUGAGGCAUCAAGCCACCAUCACCCUUGCCUGGCUGUACCAAUUCAGGCCCAUUGGCACAAACCCAGAGGGUGGGAUGGCCGCAGUUUACCAGCUUCAGAAAGAACAACAGGCACUCCCAGUGCCGGCCAUAGAACCAGCGCCACCGCCAGCAGAUCUGGGCGAGCAGAGGCCUGCUCUGGAGCCAGGGGUGCCUGCAUCCCUGGAUCUCCCAAUAUAUAUCGAGCCAGCUCCAGGGCCAGGGUCAAGGGCAGCACCCUGGACAGAGCCAUCUGGAAAGCCAGUGAAAACUGGAAAGGCACAACCAAAGGCAAUCGUAGGCCUCAGCCAGCCCAGGACUGUGCCUGAAGAAAUGCUGCACAGGGCGGGGCCGUCUAGCAUCCUGGCGUACACAGGGAAACAAGUGGGUGAGCAGCUGCUCAAACCCCUUCCCUGA